CUGGGGUUCGAUCUAAUAAAACUUUUACAAGUGUGAUUUACAAGCGGAGCUAUUUUUAUAAAGCUUUAAAAACCAUGCUUACACUUAAAUUACACUCGUGAAGUUUUUGUUAAAUCUAGCCUUGAUCUUUAAUAACAUUCCAUGCUUGUAGAUCCCUAAUGCGAGGCAAUGAGGAGUAGCUAGUAGCACCGCUAUUGAUAGUGAUGGCGUAUUCUAAUCCACCUUACCGGUACUCAUUGUUGGAUUUUUCUGUUACCACGCUUAGAAAAGAAGCAAUGGAUUUUCAUUUUCAAGCAAAUAUAUCUGAUAAACAGUCAAGGAUGAAAAUCCAACUGUUUCAGCACUGCUUUGGCGAUCUUUAUUUCAUCUCCCUACUCAUGGUGGGAUUUUCUGGUUCUCCAUUUCAUACAAAGGACGGAAUAUAGGUGGUUUAAAAAAAAAAACAAACGUAGGUUACUUUUUAAGAAUUAAAAAAGUAUCAAGUUAAUACUAAUAUUAAUGGAGAGCUUACUUCCAAAGGUUUCUUGGAAAUAUGAAAACGUGGUAUUUCGAGUAUACAUGUAUAACAAUCGUAAUCCAUUUUGUUAUUUGUGGUCAAUUACUGUGUUUUUAGAGUUCCUGUUGCGGGUAUCGAGGCCUUUGAAAGAGUGAAAGGAAACUGGAUUUGUCUGAAAAAAACUUCCGACAACUUUUUCUCAAACGAAGGAGAAGGAGCUAUUUCCUUCCCGCUCAAGAUUCGUCUUACAAGUAUCAUGAAUGAGCAACUACAAGCCACUAUCGACACUUUGAAAAAUGAUGUCGCUAUCAAAUCGGACCUACAAUUCUCGGACACCGUGGGUUUGAGAGGUGAGAAGCAGAAAUGACGGUAAAAGCACUGGGUUUGUCUUAGUCUCAAUCACACAUCGUUUUGUUUAGUUUCAUUGCCACUUAGUAAGGGAUUCCUUUUUUUCCCUGGCUAGACGGCUUUUUGACACUUAAAUAAAGUUUCUAUCUAUCUAUCUAUUAGAUACAUUUGAUCAAGUAUGCUAAUAAGUUAAAGGUAUACUAAACCAUCAAUUUUACGACUUUACAAUAUUAUAAUUGUAAAUGAUUUGAACCCCGAAAUCAUUUAAUAAGUAAGCGUUUCCUGGCCUCUCAUAAAUUAUGACCGAAUUGUUUUUUUUUUAUAUUUUUUUGCUUAAAACUGUUUGAUGAAAAAAAUGAAAAAGGAAAUUUUCCGCUUUAUGGGAUGCGAUAGCAUUUGUUCCUUUGCCAGCUAAUGGCUUGCGCUUUUUUACCACACAGGUGAUUAGUUCAUCACAAUUCAAUUAAUUCUACUUAUAAGUCUGAAGUCGGGCUGUACACCAUUUUCGGUGUACAUCAACCUACCAAAAUAUUAUUUUGGUAGGUUAAUAUCAGUCAACGUGAGAAAAAAAAUUAUUUAAUGCUGGUAUACAUUUUUCCACAGGAGGAUCUCCAGAGAAAAUAAAGUGUUAUGGUCAAGGCAACAGACCAUCGUCUGAUAAAGGUGCGAAAUGACUUUCACACUAUAACGGAAAGCUUUUGCACCAGCACGAAAAUGAAAAUACGGGACAGGCCUUGUGCUAACACAUAAAAAGGCUGAUCUCGGAAGAAUUUAGGUAACGGAGCAAAGCUGCGCCGCGCCGAUCUCUAAAAAGGAGAGUCAGGUAUCGGAUCUAGGUGUUUAUACUAUAUCGCGGAUAGCUUUUCUGGUCGGCAGCAGAUAUAGUGUAAAAUAGCCUUAGUCAGUAGCUUAUCAUUCAAGGAAAUGAUUUAUGUUUCUGUCCAUUCAGACCUUUCUAAUCUGAACUCAUUUUAUUUGCAGAAGUUUGCUGUUUGAUGAAUUCAAAAAAAACGAAAAUUUUCAACGAGACAUAUUUGAGCAAUGUUUUACAGUGUUCUGGCCAAACUAAGGCAAUUUGGAUGUUUGGAGUAGUAGUUGUCCCUUUCGUAAACGAUCGCUGCCAUUUUUAAGACACUUAGAAAAUUUUUGACCUGUUAUGAAAGUGUUUCUAUGAAAAAGAAAGAAAAUCGCAACCCAGGGUCGAACCUGGAGCUCGAACCCGGACCUUUCGUAUCCCACCCUCUCUCACUUGCCACUGAACAACCACACAAACCCGUCAAAAUUCCAAACAAAUUCAGUACAUACACUUGCAAACUGUCUUUCUUAACUGUUACAUCAAUAACAGGUGACCCCAACCUCGUUCCAAGGGUUCUCUCCUACCCACCCUACGGAGCUCUCUCUCUCGCUCCGUAGGGCGGGUAGGAGAGAACCAUGGGAACGAGGUUGAGGUAACCCUAACCCUUUCCAAAAUUUUUAACGUAAAUUCGACUUGGGCUUCAACUUCGUUCUUUCUAAGCCUAUUCAAAAACGUAUCAUUUGCCUUAUUGUAACUUAAUCCAGGGAAUACAUUACAUCCAUCAUGACUAAAGGCUUGGUUACCAAAGGUGGCAUCGACCGUAAAAAAUGGCAACGACCGUUUACGAAAUGGAAAUAGGCCUCGGAGUAUAUAUAGCGACCCCCGCUGUACUUUUAGAACAAGCAAAUUUACUGAGGGAGGAGCUUUCAAGAGCCGAACACGAGUUUUUGUUACGCUUUAUUUUCCCAUAAAAACACUUUGCUUCGUUUUUCCUCUUAUUUUUAGUAUAUAUUAAUAUGUUACCAAUUUAUAUUUCGUCAAGCGGAAACGUUCUUUAAUCUUGAUUCGGCGGCUGAACUCACCUAGUUUCUUACUAACUGUAAACAACGCAUAAUGGUUAGAGCAAUAAAUCACCGCAUAACAUGUUACAAGAGAAUCGUAACAGUGUUGCGAAUAGUCUCUCGCCAUCUUACAUGCGUCUAUUUUUUUUGUUACUUUCAUAACUGAAAUAGUAUGCAAGUGAUUAUUGUUAGCAGAUAGUUUUGGAUGUUUUAACAGGUCAUGUGCCAUUUUGCGUUUCCAAAGAAGAUGGAAUUUAUGCGGACCCAAUUGACCAGGCGGCGUUUUACAUGUGCGAAGGCAAGAAGACAACCAAAAAGUUGUGUCCAUGGGGCCUGGUGUUUAACCCGAUGAUCUCGGUUUGUGAUUACCCUGAAAAUAUGAAAUUUGUUUGGUUUGAUCCUGAGGCGGGUACUGGUAGAAAAAGUAAGUCCAAAAAGAUUACUAGGGGCAAGUCUUUACCAGGUAACGCUGGCAAGUCUAUUGGGGGACUGGAAGAGAAUGAGAAGCAUAAAGAUAGAGCGUCUGCUCUAAACAAACAGAAACCCCAUAAAGUAUUCUCUAUCAACAUUUUCAAAGGCGAUCAUGCAGCACCAAAAAUUGACACAGAAAAUGAAACAGUGGAUCAGGAUAAAGAACAGAGUGACGCUAAAAAACCACAUCCUUCAGCCGCAAAAGAACUCUUUCGGGUUCAUACGCAGAACACAGCAAAUCAUUCUAUGCUUCAAAAUAAGUCAAGCAGUACUCCGGAGAACAUGAACCAAACCUUAAAGGAUAUUUUGCAAUUUUCUGACGAAAAGCUACGAAAGGAAACUACAUCAAAUUCUCUUCCCCAAAGAUUUUUGAGUUCCGGUAAAAGCUCAAGUUUCUCCCCUCGCAAGAUGUUCGCGAUAAAUCUUUUCGGGUUGAAAUCAAAAGAUAUGCUAAGUGACAUGCAAGUUACAAACGAAAGCGCAGGACUUAUGGAGCAACCAGGUGAAUUAUCAAGACAGUUCGCAGACGAACAAGUUUUCGCUCACAAAGUCCCCGAGUCGCCUCUCUACACUCAAAAUAAUGAUACAAAUGUUUCAAAUAUUUCUGAGAUCACUUCCGAAAAAGUUCAGCAUCAUCAUCAGCUUACUAAACAGCUUGAAGAUCUUGGGAACAAGCGACCUGAAAAUAAGUUGCCAGCAGCAGCUGACGCUAUGCCUUCCCCCCUGCAUUUAAAACUCAAGGUUCAAAUGGAUCACAGUGGACAACAACCCGCCCUAAACUGUACCCUAUCAGAGUGCUCUGAAAUGCAAAAUGGCUUACCAACGCCUUCAAAAUCCAUUGCAGACUCUAUUAACAAUUAUAGCUCACAGGGAAAUAAGACCGAUGGGGAAUUUCACAUCGUCUUAAACGCAGCAGGAUCAGAUACAUUAAACGGUUCUAUAACUACGGGCGUGAACAUCAAAGUUGCGGAUUUGCAAGAAGUACUUCCCUUGAUGACGCAGGGAGACCACUAUCUAGAAGACACCUCUCAACCUCAAAUGUUGAACAAAACGCUAACGAAGUUUACCCAAGACUUCAGGGAUAACACAACAUCAAAACUAUUUACAGCUGCAAGCCAAGACAAAAAUGAUUUUAAAGUAGGAAACAGUGAAGUAGAACAAGCAGUGAUUCAGAGGGAAAAUUAUACUACCAGCAACAAAAUACUUCCACAAAAUUCUUCGACUUCUGAGCAUUUUAAUCAAGGCAAUGAUUUUCCAGUGUCACUGAUCCCUUUGGGCCGAAAGUAUGAAGGCAGUAUGUUGCAAAACACGCAUCCCAUUCCGGAGAAGGAAAGUGUUGCCGCUCUAGAUCGACUCCAUGUCAAUGAAGUUAACCGAGGGGAAAGUAAUGAGACUUUUGAUCAUAGACUUAAAAAUACCUCACGCCAAGAUUCCUCGUCCAACAACAAUGAACCUCAGAGAUACGCACAGCAAAACAACCAAAGCUUUUUACAAGCUCAAAGGACACCUCCAGUAAAUCAACCACAGCUGAAAAUUAUACUGAAAAAUCCUGGAAAACUCGGUUUGUUGUUUAAAACUGAUAGCGCUCAAUUAAAAAAGAGGUCUAGUGCAAGGAGCCAUACUAUGCAAAUUCUUAAAAGCCUGAUGAAGAAAACGCUCAGUUUGGGAGCAAGAAAAGCGCAUGAAGGUUUAAAGUUGUCAAAUGCAGUUAAAAAAUCAAUGAGCGGUAAAGUACCUGAAUCAGUUGAUGACUUGGAACGCAUCAAAGACAGUGGCAGUAUUGCACAGAGCAUCUUAGAAGCUAACAAAGAGUACCUUGAUGAUGUUGCUAUGCAGGGAAUGAUUUUCAGUGACGGAGAUCCUGAUACUGAAAAUAUGGCUGAAAUUGCAGAUUCUAUCAAACAAGGCCAUAAUUUCUUAGAGCAUACUUCUGAGUUUUCGCAGUGGGGAGACAAAAAUGGCCUGCAAGACGUUUCAAGUUCAGAUGAGACCGCUGACAAACAAGAUGAAAAGAAUAAGGCGGAUCUUAUGCAGCAAGAUAAAACUGAGGAAGGUGAGGUUAUACAUUUGUUUUCCUUCUUCAUUUUUUUGUCUCUAAACAUAGUAAACGUGAAUACAUAUGAUCUUCAGGAUGAUUGAGUGUUGUUUUUUGUUGUAUUCAUUUCUUAGUUUGCCGUAAUCAGGUUUUGUUCUACUUUAUAAGUUUGUUCUCAUUUCUCCCCCGCCUUGAUUAGCCUUUUAUGCUGUCAGCGGUGGGAAAGUUUCUGAUUUCUUAUACCUGUAACUUACUAGCUGAGUUUGUCACUUACUUUGUGUAUGAACUAUGUGGAAUAUAUAAUUGUUGUUGUUGUUGAGAGUUAAGGAAGUCAGUGAGAGACUGAAUAGGACGGUUCUCGACAGUGACUGACGUUUCUACUGACCUGAUUGUGGUAUACGGUCAUCUUCAAAAUCAACGUAAGUUAUAACUCAUCCGUUGAUGGUGUUAUCCCUGGUUAUUAACAUGAUUGCCAGACACUUGAAGUCACAAUAAUAUUCGUCGUCUGUUAGUUAAUUCUUGAUGUUAUUGGUUUUUGAAAACUCUACAUGUGAGUAGCACUGAUCAUAAUUUUGAUGUAUCUUUUAUCAUGGUAACCUAGGUUAUCGCCACUUAGUUGACCAUAAGGCCAACAUUGCAGGUCUUUUAGGGAUUUUAUAGGGAUUAUACAUUAACUUAUUACGCUUUCAGGUCCUUCUGCAAGUGCAGAGGUUGACAACAAGAACAAAACUUCCACUCUGAAGCCUUCCAAGAUAGAAACGUCUCCGGGAUUGGACGGAUCCAGAGUGUUUAUGAACAAUAAAGACGCCUUGACUGUUACUGUUGAUCACCCUAAAGAAUGGGAAAUCAUUCCAUACAAAGGAGGGAAAGUGAAGUCUACGGCUGAUCCGAGUAAGGACGUAAUUACUGAACAGUAUUUAAUUUAAUUUGUCGUUGCUUAAUUAAGGUGUUUCGAUACAGUUUUUUGUUUAUUGUUGUCAUAGUGAUAUCGAUUUUACUAAAAACUACAUUUUGACAAACUUUAACUCAUAGUCAAUCACUGGUGAAAAGUUUGUAGCGAUCGAACAAGGACAAAAGCACUUUUAAGACGAUUGAAAAACAUCGGUAUGGUCUCCGAAAAAUUGUAUCGAAACUUUUACACGUUAAUUCAUUCUCAGGGUAGGGCAUUUACUUCUAGACGGUUCUAAAGGGGAGGGAGGAGGUAAAUGCAAAUAUUGUUUUCCUUGCAUUACAUUACACUUUAUCAGACCCCAAUUCGAUUCUUUUAACAAAAAUAAUAAAGCUGAUGUUUUCUUAUCUUUAUUACAUUAAAACUAUUCUUUAAAUUUUGAUGUAAUUCUAAUUUGUCAUUAUUGUAUAACAGUCAAUGUUAAACUAAUAAAACUAGGUUUAGCUCUUCUGUAGUUAGUUUGGUCAGCUUUUACUAGUUUGAAUUAGACUGAGCAUUUGGCCAGCCUGAAGAUCAGGUCUAAAUUUCUCUUCAGCCACCGAAAAGGGACGAAAAGAGCCAAUGAUAUUGCAUAUACCAAGACCCAUUAUGUCUCUAGCAUAUACUAAUUCCCCUUUUUUCUAUCUCGUUAAGGAUUGAUUUAUUUCUGCAUUGGAAAGACAAGUGGCUUUUACGCGAAUCCCUUUGAGAGAAAGAGCUUUUUGAUUUGCUCCAAUGGACAAGCAAAGGAAAUGGAGUGUCCCGAUACUAUGCAAUUUAACAUUAAAGAAAAAAUUUGCGAUAUACCGGAUAAAACGCCUGAAGAUAAAAAAAUGGUAGGAUAG